UUCACCACACCCCCUCAAUUCCUCAUCAAACAAAUCUCAAUCAUCCUACUUGUUUUACCGCAUGUUUAUUUUAUUAUCGUUUUAUCGAUAUAAAAUCAAUUUAUAUAAUAAAGAAACCCCGCAGAAGUAAGAAACAUAUUAAAAAUGGUUCUCGUGAUAACGCAAGAGACAUAUGACGAAGUCGUUAAGGAGAAUAUGGAAGAAUUCGAGAUGAGUCCCGAAGAAGCUAUAAAUGAAGCUGUCGCCCAAUUUCAAGCUCAAGGUGUCGACUUGUCAAACAUAAUCAAGGAUUCAGUCUUGACUGCUGAUCAAGAGCACCUGGUCUCCGUGACUGUAAACAAUUUGAAGGAAUUACUGGAACAGUUCUUUUAUGAUGAUGAAUUGGUGCUGCAAGAGCUGGAUACACUCAAGUCGGAAUGUGUCAAAGAUCUAGCACGAAGGAUGCGAGCGGCUAAAGACGGCGCUUACGAUCUUCUUGUGAAACUCUUGGAACAGAGACUGAAUUUGUACCUGGAAAAGGAUACUAUAGAGAAUAAAUUGUUUAUCCUGGAUGUUUUGAAGUCUCUAACUGUGUUGAUGGAAACCCAACCAGAUCUGCUGGAUGAUAAGGGGCUGCAGUUGAUUAAAUGUGCCCUGGACACUAUAGUAGACCCGGACAUCCUGGUGGGAACAUUGAGAUGGACGGCGACAUGCUGCAUCAAACAUGAAAUGAACAGGCAGAAGAUAUUCGGCAAAAAAAUCGCGGACAAUUUGAAAUCUUUCAUUGACAAUAGGAAAAAUUUCACUUUGACAAGCGCAUGCAUGCAGGUCGUGCGAAAUCUGAUCUUGGACGAUGACAUUAGAGUCGAAUUUGGCAAAGCACACGACCACGCCAAAGAGUUGGCUAUGAAACUGCUGAUUCCAUUGACGGAAAUGUUGAAACAAAGCAGAGAAGCGAACGAGACUUUAGAAAUAAUAAAGACCAUCACUCCUCUGCUAGUGCGUCACGAAUUAUGCGCAUUGUGCGCGGAACGAGGCGUGGGCGAAGCUUUGAUCUCAAUCAUGAAUGACCACUACCAGUGUGUCGCUUUGUUACAACAAGUUCUUAAACUAAUAACAGCUCUGGCUGGCAACGACGAUGUCAAAAGGCAGCUGAUGAUGACCGGUAUAGCUCCUAUGGUGGUCAUGGCUAUGCACAGAUAUACUAGUAACGCCCAAAUCGCCGCGUUGUCAUUGAAAUGCAUCUCUGUGUUGUGUCUGCGCGAGCCGGCGCACAGCGCGUUGUUCUUUGACACUGGAGCGCCAGAGUUCGUGGUCAAAUGCAUGACCUUACACCCGGAUGAUCCUAGUGUGCAGAAAAACGCCUGCUGGGCUAUACGCAACAUGGUAGCGCGUUAUCGCGAUCAAAACAGCCAAUUUCACAAAUUAGGCGUCGAAGAGCUUCUGAACAAUGCGUACGCGCAGUUCGAGAAGCAAUUCGGGUUUGACAUCAAGUCGGCCCUCAGAGAUUUGGAGUGUGACGUCAAGCUGGAGGAGCAGUGGAGGGGGACCAACGCUGAGAUUGAGAAAUAGAGAACCUCCUUUUUUAUAUCGGAGGUUAAAGGUUUUUUUAGUAUCAAUUGUUGAAAGGACUUCCCUUAUCUCUCCCAUAUAUAUACUGUUUUAGAUACUAAAUUAUGUAAAAUGUUUAUAUUGUUGCUAGUUGCGACAUGGAUAUAAAAGAAUAUUAUCACUUACUGUUUGGGAGGUUUAAAAUCUGCUCUCUCAGAGAUUUACAGUGUGAUGUCGGAUCGGUGGAGAGAAACUGGGGCACAGAGAUUGAGAAUUAAGAACCUCUCUUUUUGCUGCGUAGGUUGAGAGUUUGCCACUUAUCUUUUCCAAAAGCACAAUCUUAAACAUUUCUCAAACAUACGAAAAAGUGCUUGCCAUGCAAUAACAUUCCUUAUUAACUAAUAAUAAUGACGAAAAUAACUUUUACAAAAUGAACUAGUUUUUGAAAAGACUUGAUAAAUAUGCAUGAAAAAAUUGAGCUUUUUAUUUACUUAUUUAAACUUCAUUACACAAAAACAAAUGUAUAGCAAAAUUGGCGGACUUAAUGCUAGAAGCAUUAUCUACCAGUCAACCAUUUUAGUGGUUUUAAGUAUAAAUUCGGCUAAAUAAAUGCCAAUAUUGUGCUGAAAGAUAAUGGGGAUAGAAGAAAGGCAUUAAGUUACGUAUUUUUACCAACCUUAAAAUAUCUUUAAUUAUUUCCCAAUGACCUUUAAGGAAUUAUUAAUAGUACUAACUACUAUAUCUAGUAACAUGUUUAACUUGAUGUUAUAAAUGUGGUAGAAUACAUAUAUAUAGUCAUAUAGUCAUACUGUUAAAAUUGUUCUCAGUGUUUUAGGUGUUGAAUAACCUGUUCUUAAAUAGGUAUAUUUGGUGUUACAAUAGCUAUAUGUAAUAACUGAAUGGAAAUAACCUUUUAACUCAUGUCCCUAUGGUUGCGAACGAGGAUUAUUACUUCUCCUUUGACAACUGACUGUAUAACAGAUUCUCAGUUGACAACUGGAUAAUGUUGACUGAAUUUAUAGCCAUGAUCACAUUGGAUAUUGAAAUUACUGAAGAAAUAUCACAAAAUUAAGAUCUUUUUCUUUCCUUUCAUUACGAAAAGUGUGAAAGGGGCGGUUAGAAAGGUUACACACAUACUUAAUUAACUGUUUGAACGAAUCUUACAUUUAGAUUUGAUGUUGAAUUUAGUGUAUUAUUUUGUGUUUUGCGCAAAAAGUUUUUUUUUUGUAAGUAGGUACAAAUUUCAAUGAGUUCAAACUGGUCGUAGCAUUAAUUUAUAUUAAAAAUUUUUGCAAUGCUUUAUUAAAAGACGUUUUUGUAUAAAAAUAUUUAUUGAUUGAAAUAAAUUAUUUCAAAUCUCA